GACCAGGCUACCAUAUUGUCUUUCCAACGUCGAAUCUUCUUGGCAAACAACUCUAUCAGCAGUUAUACAUUGUCUUAUUUAUCUGGAUUGCUCGUUUUGCUAAAUAUUAACAGCAGUCGACUGCGGAGGAGGUGGUGUUGUUCCGUUGCCGAUAACGUUCCCCUCCAUUCAUCUCCAACAUUUGAGAAGUUCGGCGUCACCAAAACAAGCAUCAACUUGCGACUAAGUGCCAGGGUUGUCAGUCGUUUUGACCACCAAAUAACAUUUUAGGGUUGUGCCAACCGGACUAUUACUGUAGAAAUAUAUAUCGCCCCGCGAAAAAUGUGGUCGUGGUUUGGUGGCCAGUCUGCGCAAAAGCGCAGAGAUGCGCCCAAGGAAGCGAUAUUGAAACUUCGCGAACAGCUGGAUAUGCUACAGAAGAGGGAGAAACAUUUGGAAAAUCAAAUAGUGGAGCAGGAAGCCAUAGCAAAGAAGAAUGUCACGACGAAUAAGAAUGCCGCCAAAGCCGCCCUCCGGAGAAAGAAGAUGCACGAGAAAAACCUCGAGCAAACCCAGAACCAGGUCAUGCAACUCGAACAACAGGUGUAUUCGAUCGAAACAGCCAAUAUCAACCAAGAGACUUUGUAUGCAAUGGACAGUGCCGGAAAUGCCAUGAAACGUAUGCACACUGGUCUCACGAUGGAGAAGGUCGAUAGCAUGAUGGAGACAUUACGAGAACAACAAGCACUCGCCGACGAUAUCGCGCAGGUCAUCACAACAACACCGUUCGGCGAACAAGUCGACGACGAUGAAUUGGAGAGUGAACUGGCGGAUCUGGAGCAGGAGACUAUAGACGAACGAAUGUUGAAGACUGGUACUGUCCCAGUCUCCGAUCAACUGAAUCGGUUACCCGCGGCUGCGAAUGGAGAGCUCAAAGGCAAAGCCAAACAGACUGAAGAAGAAGACGAAGAAGCGGAAUUGGAGAAACUACGUGCUGAGAUGGCCAUGGGUUAGAGGACCUUGUUCAUCUCUAUUUAUUUUCCAUUCCAUUGCGCGGCUCAAGUCAAGUGUUGAGAGUAUCGAUCACCAUACCAUUAUCAGAUCAUCUGCUUCUUGCCUCUCCGUAUUUUCAUGCCUGCCAGCUUAUCCAUCGCCGCGUUAUGUCUGUUUAUGCGAGGGAUUAAGGUUUUGUCUUUUAUCUUUAUUUCUUGGUUAUACUGGUGUUUGUAAGGCAGAGAAACCCCUCUAUUAAUCCUAUAACGGCUUCCUUUUCCCUUCAUAAUUGCUGUUAGCAUCAUUAAUAUCUAUCUUGCUUUGGGCCACCGUUGCGGCUAUAUAGGCCAUAUUAAGACAACGUCAAUUGAGCGCU